UUUGCUCAGUCGGAUUACCGGAAAGGGAAACAAAAUCUUCAAAAAUAAACGGCUCAAAACCUUCUUCAGGUUUGCUUUCAGGACCGUUUAAACACUGAGUGGUUUGAGGAACAAUUCUGCCUGUAGGCUUAGCUGGGGCAGCAGUUUUCUUUUUCAAAGUGAAACAGUUAGCAAUAACAUGCCCUACCUUAUGGCAAUAGAAACAUUCACGUUCCUCUUUAGACCAUGGGGGUGACAUUUUGGAAUGUUUUGGAGAUUAUAUAAAUAUUUUAUUUAUUUUUUAAAUGGUGUCCCAGUACCAGAGUAAAGCAGCGUGUAGCCCAAAUAACCCUUGCUGUAUUUUACAGGUUUUCAGGAGAAUAUUUAAUUCAGCCCACAUGGAGCCAUUUGCAUGCCUGCUUCUAUAUGGAGUGUGUUUUCAAGGUGCCAUAUUUGGCGUUUCCUGGGCAUGGAGUGUCACCGUGCCCAGAGAGAUGGAGGGCAUGGCAGGGUCCUGCCUGGUCAUCCCCUGCAGAUUUUCUUAUAGCGAAAACCCACCCAAGAACCCAGGCAGCGUGGUCUGGUACCAAUAUGUCGACAGAGGAUACCCUCUGGUGUGCCAUCCAAAAUACCCAAAUGAAGUCAUCGAAAGGUUCAGGGGAAAAACCUCUUUAUACGGAUCACCUUACAAGGGAGACUGCAGCCUGAAGAUUGACCCCUUGGACUGGCGUCACCAAGAGGACGUGAUUUACCCCUGGGUGGACCCAGACUACGUCUCACAUCGCUUUUUUAAAUUUUAUGAAAAAGCGGUGACAAUCCGUGUACGAGACAGAGCAGACGAACCAAAAUUAAAUUUUGUCGGCUCACGUACGGUGGGAGAACAAAUGACCGUUCAGUGCAGCGCCUACCACACGUGCCGACCGCGUCCCCCAACAUUGCACCUGAAUGUAGUGGAAUAUACGGGAACACCCAAAGUCUAUCACAAAGAAGUGCAUGAAGGCAAGUGGGAAAUCACCAAGGAGAUGACCUGGAUAUUAGAGAACGCCCACCAAACCAUCACUUGUGAAGUCAGACAUCCCUCCGGCCGGAGCGCAUCCAAAACAGUCAGCCUUAAGGGAGAAUGUUCAGUGACAAAGGUCACUAUAAAUCCCAGUUCGGAGGAGUUCCUGGAAGGCGUGGAGAAGGACGUGGUCUGUUCUGUAUCCUACGCCUGCCAAGAGCAGCGUCCAGAUCUGUCUUGGAAUUAUGGAGGCAUGAAGGUCUCCAGCGAGUUUAAGAAACGAGGCAGUGGGAGCUGGGAAAGCCGGUCCACUUUGACAUUCAAGGCAGGGGCCAGCGACCACAACCAAGCCCUGAAAUGCACCGCAAGGUUCACCAAUGGGCAAAUCCAAGAGGGGUACAUCACUCUGAAGGUGAAAAGGGCCAUGUUUUCCCUGGGGUGGAGCUUCUCUAUGCCCAGCCAGGUGACAGGCCUGCAGGGCUCGUGCCUGGUCAUCCCCUGCCAUUUUGAGUACUCCUCCACCCUGCCCUCUGACGUCAGUGUCAUGUGGUACAAGUACACGCCCGGGGAGUACCCGGUGGUGUACAGCCCAGCGCGCCCUGGUGAUGUCAUCAGUGACUUCAGAGGGAAAACCUCUCUGUACGGAUCUCCGAGUGACCGGAGCUGCAGCCUGAAAAUUAACCCCGUCGAGAUGAACCAUCAUAGACAGAGGCUUUACACCUGGGUGGACCCGAAGCCCAUCUCCUCCUACCACAGACAGAACUAUCAGGACAAGACCGUGGAGAUUUACGUGACUGACAGAGUGGAUAAACCAGAAAUGCAAAUUAUUGGCAUACCCAAGGUGGGAGAGCAAAUCAGCGUGCAGUGCAGUGCGUACCACAUGUGUCCGGCCACGCCCCCUGAACUGAGCCUGAUUGGUUUUCCCGAGACGGGCCGGGCUCGUGAAACUCAAGCGCAAGACGUCAAGUGGAAAAUCACGUUGGUGCAGACGUGGGUCAUCGUUGAAGAUCAACAGACUGUGUCUUGUCGUGUCCGGCAUCCAGGAGGCCAGGAGGCCCAGGCGGACAUCACCAUCCAGGCCGAAUGUUCAGUUGGGGAGAUCAUUACUGAUCCCGGCCCAGUGGAGUUCCUUGAAGGUGUGGUGAAGAACGUCACAUGUUCUGUCUUUUACACCUGCUCUAAACAACAGCCGGCUAUUGUGUGGAGCUACAAGGACAUGCCAGCCUCCAGCAAAACUACAAAAAUGGCUGCCACUGAGUGGAAAACUGUAUCCAGUAUAAUGUUCACUGCAUCUAUGGACGACCACGGUAAAACUCUGACCUGCACAGCUGAGUUUCCUGAUGGGAAAAGGCCAAUGGCCUCAAUCGAUUUACAUGUGAAAAAGCAUGAACCCCCAGCGCCUGAAUCGCCCCCUGCUGGUCUGGACACUAAUGACACAAGCAGAAAGCAGAGCCUCCUCCCCAUCCUGCUGCCUGCCACAGCUGCUGCCCUGCUUGUCCUGGCUCUGUGUGUGGGAGUCUUGACGUGCAGGAAAAGGUGUUCCAGAAGAAAUCCCAAAGACUUCCUGGACAGACCUCCUCGCCCAGAAAAAAGGAGGUCCAUUUGGAGCAGAUUUUCAAGACAGCAACAUGGCAACGGACCUGAGAUGAAUGUGGGCUACAGGGCCAAUAACGAGAGCUUAGCAGGCAUGUUCCAACCAAACCCAAACCAAGCUGCCCUUCUCCUGUAAGAAACCCAAAAUCUGCCCAUGCUGCCAAACAUAGGAAUGAUACACCAUAUUUUGAAGAAGAAGAAGAAGAGGAGGAUUAUGAGAAUUGUUUUAAAGAGGACAUUUAUGCGAACAUGUAAUGGCACAAAGUUGGCUAGUCUUAAGAAAAACCUGCUACUUUAACAUACGUGAUCCAGAGGCAGUUCAAGCGAUGACUAUGUAUUGAAAAGGCCUUUGUCACACGACAGGAAUUUGAUUGUAAUUCUCCAUGCACACAUUUCACAUAUGAUACCUUUUUUUAUCGGAUAUAGCUUGUGCGCGAUGUGAUUAAGGCUUGUGAUUUCUGUCAGCACGUUUAUUACUGAACGGCCAUGAAGAUGGAGGUUUUGGUAUCACAAGAAUCAUAAGAAGGGUUAAUUCUAUUCUCUAGUACGUGUGCUGGGUGUUUGGAAAGGAUCUUUUUGAUUUUUUAACGGUACAUUACUUGAUGUCCUAUUUCACUAUUGUUUAUUAAUAUUGCCAUAUACUGCUUUGCAGGCCUACAUGUAUUGUCACCAAGUAUAUUACUGUAAUGAAGAUUGAAACAUUUAUAUUUAAUUCAUUGAUUAUUUUGUGUUCUGAGAAUAUCUUUGCUGCAAUAAAUAAUUCAUGGUGUUA